CUUUACUUCCCAUGUCCCACUGCGCCACCGUGUGGCCGCAUACCCUCCCUGCAGCGCCCGCUGUGUACAAGUAGCUCGCGACGUAGCGCAGGCGUCUCACUGUCAAUGAAAGAGGCUCACUCACGGCAUACCAGACUUGAGUACAGUGGCAAACCCAGCAUACACAGACACACAAUUGAACUACGAGGAGAGCCGAACGGAGAUACAUUUACAAUUUAAAGGGUUAGAUUUGAGAGGCUUGCAACUCAGGAUGGCUACCGAGACAGCCUCUGUUCUUCUGUCCCCCAUCAAAACGUGCUUUCUUCUACUUCUGGGUGGUUUGAUGUCCGAAGCUGCGCAGGAGCAGCAGGGAAGUUUGUACAUGUGGAUUGAUGCCAACCAAGCCAGAAUCCUAAUUGGUUUUGAGGAGGAUAUCUUGAUCGUGUCAGAGGGAAAGAUGGCUCCAUUCACAACGGACUUCAGAAAGGCCCAGCAGAGGAUGCCUGCGAUACCUGUCAAUAUCCAGAGUGUCAACUUCACCUGGCAAGCUACUGAACAGGCAGAGUACUUCUAUGAGUUCCAGACACUGCGCUCCAUGGAUGUGGAUAUCAUGGACAACCCCACGGUCAACGUUCCUCUCCUGGGCUCUGUACCACGUAGGCCCUCAGUGGUGCAGGUGGGCUUCCCGUGUUUAGGAGACCAGGAUGGCGUCGCGGCGUUCGAGGUACUACUGGUCAUGGACGCCGGUGGGAACAUCAUCCUGAGGACACCUCACAACGCCAUCUUCUUCAAGACCUGCCAGAGAGCUAAAUGUCCAGGUGGUUGUCGUAACGGUGGGUUCUGCAACGAGAGACAGGUGUGUGAGUGUCAGGAUGGUUUCUACGGGCCGCACUGUGAGAAAGCCCUCUGCUCUCCCAGGUGUCUGAAUGGUGGACUGUGUAUGAGUCCGGGGGUGUGCAUCUGCCCACCUGGUUACUAUGGAGACAGCUGUGACAAAG